AUGAAGUUCUCCAAAUACUUGACGACAGUCACUGUUUGGAAUCAUGACUAUAUUCCAUAUCAGAGACUCAAACGAAGGAUUCGAUCAUUAUACUCUCCAGUGAUGACUCGUAGUUUGGUUGAGUCAAUCACAGCCACAGGCACAACAUCAUCCUCCUCUGCACAAGCCCAGCCACAGCCACAAACUCAAACUCAAACUCAAACACCAACCCCAACACCAAGCGACUUCUUAUCACAACUGGAAUCAGAGGUGCUCAAGGUGGACCAGUUCAUGCAGGAGAAGGAGAGCGAGCUGUACAAUCGAUACCUGUACCUGCUGUCCCGCUUCCGCGCCACAGACUUCUCGUCGCCAUUCUCCUCGUUCCUGUUGCCAAUCGACGCUCAGCUGCUGGAUGCCGCCGGAAUCGCUGGCUACAAGGAGAUCAAUCCGAUGUGGGCCUUCCAAAAGGCCUACGAAGACGUGAUCAAUCAGUUGGCUCAGUUGGAGAAGUAUGCCAAGAUCAAUGUGUGGGCCGUGCAGAAGCUGAUCAGCUCAUGCACCAAGAAGAAGACGAGAAUUGAGACUCGUCGACGCAACUCAAUCGGUGAGCACCUGCCCAACCAGUUCACCUCUUCUCCGCUGCCUCACAAGAAGGUCCUCUAUCAAUCACCCAACGUGCCUUCAGUCAUCUCGGAUACAGUGUCGCCAACAACAACAUCAGUUGCCAACAACAACGAUAAGACUAAUGGCAAUGGCAACAACAAUGCAGAGGAUGUGAUGGAUUCAUUCUUUGAGCGCAUUGUUAGCCACACAGAGAUUGGAAACUGCAACAGACUCAAACAACUAUUGCAAGAGGUGGAGCGCGAGUAUCAGAUCAUCACUCAGAAUGGUGCAGUCUAUCUGAACAAUCAAUACAUCAACUUGUUAAGUACUAUGCAAGAGUUGAACAUUGCGAACGAUGUAGCGAUGUGGCGCGAAGCCAUUCAUUCAUGCAUUCACAAGGCGGCCUCAUUGGGCGCCGUAGAAGUGGCCAAGGUGAUCUUUGACAUACUUGGCUCAAUAGUGGACAUUGACUACCUGGACGAGGUCGACAAGAAGUUCAUUCACAUCGCGUCUGGCCGUGGACAUCCCCAGUUUGUCGAGUUCCUCAUUGAGCGCGGCGCGCGACUCGACAGCCAGGAUUUCCUCAAGCGCACACCCCUUCACACAGCAGCGCAGUACGCUCACUACGACAUUGUCAAGCUGCUGCUGGCCAAAGGCGCACCCAUCGACGUCAAGGACCGUGAUGGCUGCACGCCAUUAAAUCUUGCGAGCAGACACACGGGCGACAGCUCGCGUGUCAUUGAGCUGCUGCUCAACAGCGGCUCGCCUCUGUCGCCAGGACCCUAUGGCCGUCAUCUCAUCCACGAGGCGGCCAUCCAGGCCAAUGUAGCCAAUGUUGCGGCCAUCUUGGCUCACGCCAAGACCGACGUCAACCAGCUCGACUCAUUCGGACGCACCGCCCUGUUUGAGGCAGCCAAGAACGGCAGCACGGAUACACUCCUCCUGCUGCUUGCCAAGAACGCGCUGAUUGACAUCAUCGACGAGGACAAGCGCACGCCCAUGCAUGUGGCUGCGUCACGCGGACACACCAACGUGCUAAACACACUCAUUGAGCACAUGCUCAAGGACAGCCCAGCCAGCGAACUCACACGUCUGAUCAACUCGCAGGACUAUGAUGGAUGGACUGCGCUACACGAGUCAGCUUACUUCAACUUCAUCGAGUGCACCAAGACCCUGAUGACACACGGCGCCAACCCAUUCGUUCAAGAUAAUGAUGAGUGGUCACCCGUGGUCCAUUCAUUGUACCGCGGCAACAUGACCACUGCGCACUCAAUCUGGGAGCACGUCAAGAAGACUCCCGAGCUGCUCGAGAUGAUCACCUCGCAGCCAUCGACACCUUCACUACGCGACUCCAAGGGCCUCCCCCUGCCCAACCCUAGCCCGCGCAUUGACCUUUUGCGCUCUGACACUGAGGUGCGCAACAGCACGUCGGGUGCAUCAACACCAAGCCGCACUCCGGCAAUCACCGUCGCUACCGCCUCCACAAGCAAUGGCGGCGCCGCUGACGGAUACACACGCAAGAUAACCAAGGGAUCGAUGUCUAACGUCACCUUUAGGAUAACAGCGCGAGUCAAGCCUGGAUACCGUGUGGGCGUCAUUGGCAACCGUAAGGCAUUGGGCAAAUGGAACCCGGGCAAGGCCCUGUUCCUCACACAGGACGAUACUGCGAUCAACGCCAACGCUGGAGAGUCGACAUGGGUGGGCAAGGCGACGCUACCCACUGAUGUCCAGGUCGAGUACAAGUACAUCAUAUGCCAGGGCAAUCGUCUGGACAUGUGGGAGGCACUGCCUGAAAACCGCAAGUUCCUGCCCGAAGAGGAGGUAGAGCUCCUCGACGACGGCACCUUUGGAUCGGUGCCCAUGCUCGACGACCUCCUGCCACAACAGCAGCCACAAAAGACUGUGUUUGUGGAGAAGGGAUGGCUGGUGCAGGACUAUCAGAUACGCUUGAGAUUCGGUGAGACCUCUCCAAAGGACCCACAACGCAAACUCAUUCAGCCGAUCAAGAUCUUUGGCCAGGUCGAGGUUGGUAGGAUUGUCGUUACGCUCAAGGACCGCCAGUCACAGACCCUGGCUGGCACCUUGCCCACCCAGUUCACCUCACCCCUGUCCGUGGACCAGUACGUCUGGUUCCAGUUCCACGAGAUUGAUCGUGUGGCCACCGUCCAGUUUGACAUGUAUCGUGCAGGUAUGUCCAGCGUCCUGGUCGGACGCGCUGUCCUGCUCGCAUCAGACCUGCUCAACAAGUCGCCAUACAAGUGCACGCUCCCAAUCAUGAGCGCCACGCUCAUGACCAUUGGUGAGUUCACCGUGUUCCCACUGGUCGUGUCACCAUUCACACAUCCACGCAUCAGUGAUGUGCUCUCCAACACAUACUGGAAGUCGACCAUGCUGAUUGGCCAUCGCGGCGGUGGUGCCGAGUAUGCCCGUAACGUCGGCAAAUACAAGCGCACGCACAUCAAGGAGAACACCAUCCUGUCGUUCGUGACCGCCGCGUCGCUCGGCGCACAGUACAUCGAGUUUGACGUGCAGCUGUCGCGUGACAACGUGCCCAUCAUUUUCCACGACUAUGAGAUCAAGUGCACGGGCGCCGGCAAUGUCAAGGUGCCCAUCAACAAGAUCCGCGCCGACCAGAUCCACAACCUGCAGCCAAAGCCACCCGCUAAAACCAAGUCUUCGCGCGAGCCCCAUCACCAACAACUUCAACGACAGUCGCGCUCGCGCUCCAUGGAAGACCUGCUCGUGGAUGUCAAUGGCGGCGGAAACACCCAGGCCGGCAGUGGCGACAAGUCCGACGAGGAGGAAGAGGAGGAGGUUGAGAUGGUGUCGGACUCGAUGACCUCGCUCGAGGAGACGUUCAAGAAAGUACCCAUCCAGACUGGCUUCAAUAUCGAGAUCAAGUAUCCCAACGAGGAGAAAGAGAACGCGCUCAAGCUUCACUAUCUCGAUCGCAACAGCUAUGUGGAGCGCAUUCUGGCCGUGGUGUUUGAGCACGCCGGCGAUCGCCAGGUCAUGUUCUCAUCAUUUGACGCGGACAUUUGCAUCAUCUGUUCGCUGAAGCAGCCGCGCUACCCCGUCUUCUUCCUGAACAAUGCGGGAUUCUCGCAGCAUUCUGACCCGCGCGCCAACUCCAUUUGCGAGGCCAUUCGCUUCUCCAAGUCUGCGCAUCUGUUGGGCAUCGUCACCAACUCCAAGAUCUUAACAGAGGGCACGCCAAUCAUUCGCGAGGUCAAGCAAGCUGGACUGAUGCUAUGCUCCUGGGGUGAGGAAAACAAUGACCCAGUGCUAGUCGACCUCCAAGAGACCCUCGGAGUCGAUGCCGUCAUUGUUGAUCACGUGGCUCACAUCUCAAGGCAUUAUAAC